AUGGCAAAUGUGCAGUAUUUACCAGGAGAUCCUCGUUUAGUAGAUCAAUUGGUGUAUGAACUCAAAUCUAAAGGGAUUUUCGAUCAGUUUCGUAAGGACUGCAUAGCAGAUGUAGACACAAGGCCAGCUUAUCAAAAUUUGCGACAACGGGUUGAAAGCUCUGUUUCCACAUUUCUCUCCCGCCAGUGCUGGCAACCUGAUCUAAACAAAAAUCAACUGAGAGAAAAGCUCAGGAAACAUAUACUGGAUGGUAAUUACUUGGAGCAAGGAGUAGAACGAAUAGUUGAUCAAGUUGUGAACCCAAAAGUUGCGUCUGUCUUUAUACCCCAAGUUGAAGACCUUGUGUACAAUUACUUGGGUAUCACGAGGAAAAAGUCUGUACCCAAUGCUGAGACUUCAAACGGAAAAAUAGAAGAUUUACUUCCGACUGACUUGGAAGCAGUUAGCCCUGGCUCAGUCAAAAGCAAUGAUGAUAAGAACGAACAAAUGGAUAUUGAAGCAAAUGUUGUUGAAGAGACAAAUUAUGAAAAGAUGGAGGUUGAUAAAGAAGAAAAACCCAAAUCUGAAAUUAAGGAUGAAGUCACUACUGGUCUUGAAGUAAACAAUGUUGAGAAGGAAAAAUCUGAGGUUCAAGAGAGUCAAUUAUCUGGCGUAAGUGAACUAACUUGCCAUGAAUCUGAUGUCAGCUUUAAUAAAAGUUCGAUUCCACUGCCAGGUGAAGAUAUUAAACUAGAAAAUAUUCCACCUCCUGAAAACAGUCCACCUAAAAUUGUUGAAUUAGAGAAAAUUGAGCUACCCAAGAUAAUGAAUUGUCCAACAGACAUACCGUUGCCUGAUGAAAUUCUGAAUAAUGACAAAGAUAAUUAUUUCAAAACAAUAAAUAGUGAUGAUGAUGACUCUAGUUCUGAUUCGUCUUUGCGACGAAAUAUGUCUCCUCUAACACCAAUAAGGAAUUAUAAUAAUGAAAAUUCUUGCGAUGCUCAGCAAGGUUUCGAUAAUGAUUCCGUUGAAAGCAAAAGUGAUGACAAAAAGGAACCAACUUCGUUCCGGUUUACAAUAGAAGCUAAAGCCGCCGAAAAUUUUUCAGAUGCAGCAAAAACACCUAAGAAACCGACAGAUCAGCUUAAUUUAGCGUAUCAGUUUAAUAAUCAAGUGAAUAUAAUUAAUACUUUCAAUACACCUAUGUACGAAGAUAGUUCAAAUAGUAAUAAUUUGCAAAUUGAUUACGAGAGUGAUGCAAACAGUAAAGCUGUUUUAGAAGCAAAGAUUGUUGAAGCAGAAAUCUCAGAGGACUCUAAAAAAGAACGGAAGGUCGAAGACAAAAAAAGCACCCAUAAGAGCUCACAUCGUUCGAGGGACUCGCAUAAGCAUUCAAGCAGCAAAGGCAAAAAACCUGAGUCAAAACAGUCUACUUCCCGUGAUAGUAGUAGGCAUGACAAAAAAUCGUCAAAAGAUGACCAUAGCAAAUCCAAAUCAAGCCACAAAGAAAGCUCUAGAGAUAGAAGUGAUAAGAAAGACAGCAAAGAGUCAUCAAGACACAGUUCCCACAAAAGUUCUAGUCAAAAAGAUUCCAAAUCUCACAAGAGUUCAAGCUCAAGUCAUAGGCAUUCAAGCAAGCAUUCUGAUGAUAAGAAAACAUCUUCAUCGUCCAGUCAUAGAUCUAAGACUGAAAAGAGUUCCGAUAGAAGUAAAGAUAAGUCCAAAGAUUCCAAAUCAAGUUCAUCACAAAGAUCGGAUAAAGAUAAGAAAAGUAGUAGCAAGAGUAAACACGAAGAAAAAGAAAAAGAGAAAAAAGAAAAGAAGGAAACGGAUGAUCAUUAUAGUCUUUCCGGUCGUGGAAAUCCAAAUCGUAGAUCUACUGACAGAGACUCUAAUGAUGGUAGUUCCUCUUCCAAAGGAUCGCAAAACCCUGCCAGUUCAAAAUCAUCUGAAAGCAAAAAAGAAACGAAAGGUGGCAGUUCAAAAUCGGACAAUAUGUCAACUAGCAGCGAAGGAACGAGUCCAUGUGACAGAGAAUUAACUUUGCAAGAAAAAGAAAAGGAAGUAAUAGAUAUGCUUCAACCUAAACCCAUUGUGAGAAUUGAAACACAUCUAGGAACUCCUAUUGCUUCACCGCCGCGUUUACCUUUUGUUCCUGAUAUCACGCUUAAAAAGCCAAAAUUUGCUGCAAAUUUAGAGGAAGCGAAGAGACUGAUGAAAAUGCGUAGGUUCUUGGAUGAAGAACAAAAACGUAUGAAUCAAGAGGCUGCGUUACUACUAGAAUUCCAGGCAAACGUUAGACCCAGUCUGAGUCAAAUUUACUCCAGUAUUCCAGGUCCUGAGUUGGAAUUCGCUUGCGUUACAAAUACGGUUAUACAUACUGAUCAGCUGAUGGUACGAAAUAAUGAUAGUGCCAGCGAAAAUACGGUUGAAUACUCGAUAGAACAUAGUAAUUAUGCAGAAGAUGAAGGUUUUUCAGAUCACAUUGAGGAUGAUAUCCCGUCAACUUUAACGGUUAAAGAAGUUGAGGAAUCUAUUGAAAGCAUUAAUGAAGAGUUAAACAACAAAGCAAAAGCACACGCAACCGAAGAAUCUCUGAGUAAAGAAACUUAUUAUGAAUCUAAAAAUUCAGAAACUACUAAGAUAGAAACUGAAUAUUCUACGGAAAAUAAAAUUGGUUUUAAUGACAAUGUUACAAAUAAUUCAAUUAAAAACGAUGCUAUUCAAGAAGAAGAGAAUAAAAAAAGAACUGAAUUCUUUGAAGUUACGAUAAUUACGGAAGAAUUAUCAGAAAGCGAGGAUUUGAUAUCUCAAAAGAACGAAAAUAAAAUUCACAAUAAUAUUGAUAACCAAAAUGAAAAUAAUGCAACUGCACAAUCUGAACAAAACAAUUUCCAUUAUUUCGGAGAACACGAGAAAUACAAAGCGGAACUAGAAAGAGAUCAGUUUACCAAAUUUUUCAAAGUUUACACCGAAAGAGCGUCAGCUAACAACAAAAUUUAUUUAAUAAAUUGUGAUACAUAUGAAGAGCAAAUUAUGCAAGAAGCACUAGAAACAUUUGGGCAAUUUGAAAUUAUUAACUACCAAAGAAAUGGUCAUUUGAAAUUGCCUAAAAUUUCCAAAAACAUCGUCAAAAAUGUUAAUUUGUCUACCGAAGUUUCAUUACCAUUCGAUAAUGAAAUGGCAGAUGAAUUCGAUAAUAGAAAACCUUUAAUAGAGUCUGUAUUCAGCCCAGUUAAAUCGGAAUGUUCUUUCGAGCUAUCAAGUGACUAUAAUGAAAGAUUAGAAGAGAUGGUCAACAAAACUUCGCGGCAAGAGAUUAUGGAAAUUAUACUCGGCAAUGUUAUUGCCGAUUCGCCUACCAAAAUGCCUAAAAUUGAUUAUUUCACAGAUUCGAAUAUUGAAUGUGAUAUAGAAAAUAAUACGAAGAGAAAAAUAAGUGAAGUAGAAACUGUUAAUAACAAUAGGCACAUUCUGACGCCUAACAAAGUGCGAAGAUUGAGCACCUCCGACCAAAUUUCGUCUACAACCGAAGACUUGGAUGAGAGAUCUAAUAAGUGUGUAGUGCCCAAUAGCACCCGCUCUAAGUAUUUAGGCAGAGCGAGAAGAGUUGGACUACCUCGACCUAGGAAAACUGAACUACCGAACAGUCCAUCCAGUGAUAAAUCAGUUGAGAAUUACGAACAUAACACCCCGACAACACAGCCACCAAACGGCAAAAUCAAAAGCACUCCGAGGAAUAAAGUUCAAAGAUAUGAAACUUCAGAUUUAUACAAGCCGAAACUGCACUACUUGUCCAGAAGAAACAAUAUUAGUUAA